UGAACAAUAGAAUGAGUUUAAUAGGGGAGGACACGGAGAGAUGCGCAACUGUUUCACCCCGAGAGCUCACUCGGAACCCUUUAAAGAAAACAUGGGUGCCGUCCUGCAGAAACGGGCUUCCAGAGAGACACAUUAGUGAAAGAAAGGUAUGUAUGACCAACUGCCCAACGCUUAUCGUGACGGUGGGUCUGCCAGCCAGAGGAAAGACCUACAUCUCCAAAAAACUCACCCGCUACCUCAACUGGAUUGAUGUUCCAACGAAAGAGUUUAAUGUUGGACAGUACAGACGGGAAUGUGUGAAGAUCUACAAAUCCUUUGAGUUCUUCCAGCCAGACAAUGAGGAGGGGCUUAAGAUCAGGAAACAGUGUGCGUUGGCAGCUCUCAAUGACGUCAGGCAGUAUCUCACCGAUGAAGGCGGCCAGGUGGCGGUCUUUGAUGCCACAAACACAACGAGAGAACGGAGGGAGACGAUCCUCAGAUUCGCAGAACAGAACGGUUUUAAGGUGUUCUUUGUGGAGUCUGUGUGUGAAGACCCAGAUGUGAUCGCAGAGAACAUCGUUCAAGUGAAGCUGGGCAGUCCGGACUACACGCACUGUAACACGGAAGAGGCCGUCGCAGACUUCUUGAAGAGGAUCAAGUGUUACGAGAACUCCUAUCAGACGCUGGACGAGGAGCUGGACAGGGAACUUUCCUUCAUCAAGAUCAUCGAUGUGGGCCAGCGUUACCUGGUGAACCGUGUGCAGGAUCACAUCCAGAGCCGAAUAGUUUACUACCUAAUGAACAUCCACAUCACGCCGCGCUCCAUCUACCUGUGCCGGCACGGAGAGAGUGACCUGAAUGUCAAAGGUCGCAUCGGAGGUGAUUCGGGCCUCUCGGGCCGGGGAAAAGAGUUUGCUAAGGCGUUGGGUCAGUUUAUUCAAUCACAGAAUAUUCAUGAUCUGAAGGUGUGGACGAGUCAGAUGAAGAGGACCAUACAGACGGCAGAAGCUGUCGGUGUGCCGUACGAACAGUGGAAAGCUCUGAACGAGAUCGACGCUGGCGUUUGUGAGGAGCUCAUGUAUGAGGAGAUCCAGCAGAAGUAUCCUCUGGAGUUCGCUCUACGGGAUCAGGACAAAUAUCGCUACCGUUAUCCCAAAGGAGAGUCGUAUGAAGAUCUGGUCCAGCGGCUGGAACCCGUGAUCAUGGAGUUAGAGAGGCAGGAGAACGUUCUAGUGAUCUGUCAUCAAGCCGUCAAGAGGUGCCUGCUGGCCUACUUCCUGGACAAGACUGCAGGAGAACUGCCGUACCUGAAGUGUCCUCUUCAUACUGUGUUGAAGUUAACACCUGUGGCCUACGGUUGUAAGGUGGAGUCCGUCUGUUUGAAAGUGGAUGCUGUGAAUACACACAGAGACAGACCGGCGAAUGUAAAUGUGCAUCGUUCUACAGAAGACGCCCUGCAGACCGUUCCACCUCUGACCUCCGUGUCACUGUUCUCUCUCCAUCUGUGUCUGCCUUCAGAUCCAGUCGUGCUCGGUGAUGAGUUCCUGUCUGUAAGAUGUUUACUGCUCUUGUAACGUGUGUGCAUUAUGACAUGUACAGUACGUGUAGUCCUGUUUAAGACAGAUGAGUAACGUGUGAUCCAGAUGAAGUGUCAUUGAGGACUCCGUGUGUCAUGCGCAUCGAUACAUGCGUGUGUGUAUGUAUCUAUGUAUGUGUGUGUGUGUGUGUGUGUGUGUGUGUUUAUGGAGCGGUAGUGUAGCGGUUAGCGCGCUGCUCUACGAACCUGGCGACCCUGCUCAUGGCCAACACCAGUGACGAUUAUCUGAACCGGUCCCGGGCCUCCCCUAGGUCGACUCAGCCUAAAAUGAGUACCUGGUGCGGUGUGUAAAACAUCACCACUGGGGAGACAAAGGCGGUCGGGCGUGGUGCUGGCCACCCACCCCCUCAUGUACCGUUCCGGCCUUCAGCUGCUCGCUAACAGCACUUGCCCCUACAGUCUGUUGAGGCUAAAUGGGGGGUCUUUGAUCUUUGUGUGUGAGAGAGAGUGUGUGUGUGUUUGUCUGUGUGUGCGUGUGUCAAGUCAUUUUUAUUUGUAUCUGUCUUUUCACAAGAUUUAGCUUGUACUGUAAGAUUAAUGUCUCUAAAGUCCACCUUGAUUAACAGCAGAAGUUCACAUAGAUGCAAUUGUCCUUGUUAAUUGGCUGAUGAAGGAUUUUGUUGGUAAUUGUUAGACUAUAUAAUCCAUUAUAAGAGUGUAGUCCAUCAAUAGACUGAGGUGAUGCAGGUGAGAUCAGUGAGGUGCAUCACAGUUCAACCGGCUGGUAAUUUCGGUGAGGUUCAGUGAGGUCCCUCCUAAAUCCAAAGUUCAGGCAGUGGCAUAUGAAGUAUCCCAUGUCUUAUGGUUGGAGUUGGCAUCAGUUCAUCCUCUGAAGUCCAUCAUAAUAGACUGAAGUGAUCUUCCUCCUUUUGUGGAUUUUGAUAUUCUAGGAACUAUUAACAGGACAGAAUUUUGUGAUCGUAAUGAACGUGAUGGAAUAUAGCGUGGUAGAAGAUCAUUUAAGUACUGCGGAGCUAGACCAUUCAAAGCUUUGUACUUAGUUACAGAAUAUAAAAAUUACUAUGAAAUUUAACAGGUAACGAUGAUAAAAUGGGGCUAAUAUGAUCAUAUUUCUUGGUUCUCAUCAGCACUUGCUGGACAUCCUCCCAGUAAUGCAUUACAAUAAUCUAGUCUUGAGGUCAUGAACGCAUAAAUUCGUUUUUCGGCAUCAGCAACAGAGAGCAUGUGCCUUAAUUUAGCAAUAUUUCUGAGGUGGAAGAAUGCUGUGCUACAAACAUUGGUAAUUGCUAAUUUAGAGAAUUGUGAAAUCUCAUCAGGUUUUGAAGAAAUAUAAAGUUGUGUAUCAUCGGCAUAGCAGUGGAAACUUAUUCCACGAUUCCGGAUAAUAUCUCCCAGGGGAAGCAUAUACAUGGAGAAAAGCAGAAGCCCUAAAACUGAUCCCUGUGGCACUCCAUAUUUUUGUUUGGUUUGACAAUUCCUCAUUUACAUAGACAAAGUGGUAGCGGUCUGCUAAAUAUGACCUAAACCAUGCUAAUGCAACUCCACAAAUUCCAACAUAAUUCUCCAGCCUAUUCAAGAGAAUGUUGUGAUCUAUCGUGUCGAAUGCAGCACUAAGAUCUAAAACUACUAGAAGAGAAAUGCAGCCGCGAUCAGAUGAUAAGAGUCAUGUGUAACUCUGAUAAGUGCAGUCUCUGUACUGUGAUGAGGACUAAAUCCUGACAGUAAUUGCUCAUAUAUACUAUUUAUCUGUAGAAAUGAACAUAUUUGGGAGGAUACUACCUUUUCUAGUAUUUUUUACCUAAACGGGAGAUUUGAAAUCGGUCUAUAAUUAGCAAGUUCUCCAGGAUCAAGUUGUGGCUUCUUAAUUAGCGUUUUGAUAAUUGCCAUUUUAAAGUUUCUUGGGACAUGUCCUAAGCAUAGCGAGGAGUUAAUGAUAUUAAGAAGAGGUUCUGAUAUUACAGGAGAUACCUCUUUUAAGACCUUAGUUGGUAUUGGAUCUAACAUACAUGUUGUGGCUUUUGAUGUUUCGAUAAGUUUUGAUCUUCAUGACCGAUGACAGCGAAGGAUUGAAGUUGCACGUGAGGACAGUUAUGAGAAACUGUUUUCUGAGGUGCUAUGACAGAUGAUUGCAUAAUUCCAAUUUUAUUUCUGAUUAUUUCAAUUUUAUCUGUAAAGAAAUUCAUGAAGUCAUUACUCUUGUGCUGUGACGUAAUAUCUGGUUCUGUUGAGGCUUUAUUCCUAACCAAUUUAUCCACAGUACUGAAUAAACAUCUAGGAUUGUUGUGGUUAUUUUCUAUGAGUUUACUAAAAUAUGCUGAUCUGGCAGCUUUUAGUGCCUGUCUGUAUCUAUAGACACUAUCCUUCCAUGCACCACGAAAUACUUCUAAUUUUGUAUUUUUCCACAUGCGCUCCAUUUUCCAGAGCUGCUCUCUUGAGAGCAUGAGUGAGAUCAUUGUACCAUGGUGCAGGGCUUAUUUCUUUAAUUUUCUUUAAUCGAAGUGGGGCGACACUAUCACGUGCGUGAGAGAAGACUGCAUUUAGAUUUUUUUGACACCACUCAGACAUCCAGCCAUUAAGUGACACUAAUCUACUAUAAACCUCGUCACCACGACGAGCAGGGAGGGGACCAGAGCAUAUUACACUGUCUGACAUCGUUUUUGCAAGUUUACACACCUCUUUUUUUUGUCAUUAACAAUUUUUUAUUGAUUCCAGACUCAAAUAAUAACAUAUGCCCCCCACCCCCGUCACUCAACAUACAUCUUAGUGGUCAGACAUUGAAUAACAACAGACACCCAUGUAAACAGACAGUUAAAAAAAUACUCUAGAACAUAAUAAAUUAAAUGACAAUAAAUAAAAUAAUAACCGCCCCAUCAUCCAAAAUACAAAGUCUGGGGCAAAAUCAAAUCUGAGUGCUCAAGACCUCACAGACACAACUCUGAACCCUCGACCAAAACUCUUAAAUAUUAAUACAGAACCAAAAAACGUGGGCUAUGUCCCCAUCCUCCAACUGGCAUUGCCAGCAAGUAGGUGUGUUUUUAAGGCCAAGCCUAUACAAUCUAGAGAGAGUCCAAUAAAAACGAUGCCACUACACUUUUAAUAUUCCCUUCCAUCUCCAUGAGUUCUCGUGUUUUGGAUUUUUUGGUGAAUGAGGCGUAAUGUAUGAUCCAACCCCUAAGAACCGCCUUAAGUUCCUCCCAAGCCAUGCCCACAGAGGACACUGAGGACCAGUUGCUCUCCAUAUAUACAUUGAUUUUGGCCUUAACAAAAAGGAAACAUUAAAGCACCAACUAUAUGAUUUUCUUUUCUCUGUAUGUGGCAACACCUCUAAACUCAUCAGGACGUGAUCUGAGACUGUUUCCAAAUGAACAAUCAACAACAGAUGAAAUGAGGGAAUAUAAAAUAUAUAUAUUCUAGAAUGAAUCUUAUGGACUGAUGAAAACAAUGUAUAGUCCCCUACCAGAUGGGUUUAAAAGUCUCCAAAUAUCUGCAAGAACAAAAUUUUUACACAUCCUGUGACACAUUAAAGUCUCCUCCCAAUAUUAUAUCAUGAGGGGUUCCAGCGGCUUGCACCAUCCCUUCAAGAUCUAUAAAAUGCCCCGAUCAUCAGCGUUAGGUGCGUAAAUAUUAGCCAAAAUCAACCUUUGCCCCUGAAGUUCUGCUAAAACAAUAAUGACUCUAAUUUAUCUUUAAUCAGUUUGAGACAUUUGAAUUGUAGAUGUUUAUUUAUCAAUGUAUUGACUCCCCUGCUCUUACUUGAGCCAGCACUAAAGAACACAUGUCCACCCCAUAUCCUCCCAAAUCUUUCAGCUUCCUGCGGGGAAAGUUGCAUUUCUUGAAGAAACACUAUAUCAUAUUUCUUACAUAUAAGAAGAGAACACAAGAUCUUUAUCGGGUGAUCUCAGAAAUUUGGCCAGAAUUGAUCGGGGCCUCCCUCAUGGAAUCUCUGAGCCGGGACUCUGUGAGCUUGAUCGAUUUCCAGCUUAUGGCCUGUCAUGUCGAGCAGACUCGGGAAGAGCUCAUCUAGGAAUUUCACUAUCUCUCGGCCUUCUACAUUCUCAGGAAUUCCAACAAUUCAGACAUUGUUUCACCAUUACGAUUCUCAAGGUCUUUCCCACGUGAGUUGCAAAUCUGCCUUGGUCGCUAAUGGGUUAGCAGAUAAUUCCCUCUCCGAUGACUCCAGAUAAUCAGUCUGUUUCUCGAUGUCCCCAUUCCUGUAACCAGAAAUUCGUCUCCAUGGCAGUGAUCGAUUGCCGUAUUACAGUAAGAUCCUCAAAGUCAGCAAUGAUCUUCUCCAGCAUUGCCAACAUGCUCGACAGUUGACGCUGUAUCUCCCAAUGCACAGCGCAAAUCAAUCCAUGCGGCAUUGUCAGGGGAAUCAGCUUGAGCACAUAAGUGUCUUUUAAUAUCUCCAGAACCUGAGAAUUUUGAAUAUUUUGAAUAUGUGUGUGUGUGUGUGAGUGUGUGUGUUGGUGUGACAGUAUGUGUGUGUGUGAGUGUGUGUGUGUGUGUGUUUGU